ACUAGGUUAGUGGUCCGACGGGGCGGUGACGGUGCGCGGCAGAAACUGGGUCACCGGUUGCAAUUCGUUUAUGUCACACUCGUGUGGGUUGAUGUUCCACCGCGUUGACCCAGCGGCUCCCGAUGGAUACACCGAGCUCACCGGACCCGCUAGGUUGAUUCAGAGUCGCAUCAUCUCGGGGUGUCAGACUUACCACAAUCAUCAAACUGGAUCAAACCAGGUCGGACUGAAUCGAAAACGAGACCAGAUCUGAACCGAUCGCACACCACCAGAGCUGAUUCGAACGACACCAGGCCCAUAACCAGGAGGCCUGUCCCAGUUUCCUAUCAAGUUGAGGGCUCCAGAGUGGAUGGAAGGAGAUGAUUUUAGCACAGAGGCAGUGAUGAACAUCUGUGAUGACCUGAUGGCAGACCAAAGAAUGGACAUCUCGUCGACAAUGACCGACUUCAUGUCCCCCGGCUCCACCGACCUCAUCUCCAGCUCCAUCAGCACACCCGGUAUGGACUACACCCGCAAGAGGAAGGGCAGCACCACCGACUACCAAAUCGAUGGAUUCUCAUUCGAUGACAUGGACCCAGACAAGGAUAAGAUGGGGAGUGACCAUCAGGGCCGGAUUAAGAAUGCCAGAGAGGCUCACAGUCAGAUCGAGAAGCGGCGCCGGGACAAGAUGAACAGCUUCAUCGACGAGCUGGCGUCGCUGGUGCCCACGUGCAACGCCAUGUCGCGCAAGCUGGACAAGCUGACGGUGCUGCGCAUGGCGGUCCAGCACAUGAAGACGCUCCGAGGCGCGGCCAACCCGUACACGGAGGCCAACUACAAACCUUCCUUCCUGUCAGACGACGAACUGAAGCACUUGAUACUACGGGCCGCCGACGGCUUCCUGUUCGUGGUCGGGUGUGAUCGUGGCAAAAUUCUCUUUGUUUCUGAAUCGGUCUACAAAAUUCUCAACUACAGCCAGAACGACCUGAUUGGUCAGAGCCUGUUCGACUACCUUCACCCCAAGGACAUCGCCAAGGUCAAAGAGCAGCUGUCCUCCUCCGACACGGCCCCGCGAGAGCGGCUCAUCGACGCUAAAACCGGUCUCCCCGUGAAGACGGACAUCACCCCCGGUCCGUCGAGACUCUGCUCCGGAGCCCGACGGUCGUUCUUCUGCAGGAUGAAGUGCAACAGGCCGUCGGUCAAAGUAGAAGACAAAGACUUUCCCUCCACCUGCUCAAAGAAAAAAGCCGACCGCAAGAGCUUCUGCACCAUCCACAGCACGGGCUACCUGAAGAGCUGGCCGCCCACCAAGAUGGGCCUGGACGAGGACAACGAGCCCGACAACGAGGGCUGCAACCUGAGCUGCCUGGUGGCCAUCGGCCGCCUGCACCCGCACAUCGUGCCCCAGCCCAGCCUGGCCGACAUCCGGGUGAAGCCCACGGAGUACGUGUCCCGGCACGCCAUCGACGGGAAGUUCGUCUUCGUGGACCAGAGAGCCACAGCCAUCCUCGCCUACCUGCCCCAGGAGCUGCUGGGAACCUCCUUCUACGAGUAUUUCCACCAGGACGACAUCGGCCACCUGGCAGAGUGUCACAGACAAGUUCUGCAGAUGCGAGAGAAGAUCAACACCAACUGUUACAAGUUCAAGAUCAAAGACGGAUCCUUCAUCACGCUGAGGAGCCGAUGGUUCAGCUUCAUGAACCCCUGGACCAAGGAGGUGGAGUACAUCGUCUCCACCAACACCGUGGUGUCGUGUGCCAUGAUGGAAGGAUGCGACUACCCUCAGUCUGCUGCCUCACCUCAGAGUAUGGACAGUGUUCUCACCUCAGAGGGCGGCGGGAGGCGGGCGCUGCAGACGGUGCCCGGCAUCCCGGGCGGCACGAGAGCAGGAGCCGGGAAGAUCGGCCGCAUGAUCGCGGAGGAAGUGAUGGAGAUCCAGAGGAUCCGAGGCUCCUCCCCCUCCAGCUGCGGCUCCAGCCCCCUGAACAUCACCAGCACCCCCCCACCAGACACCUGCUCCCCCGGGGGCAAGAAGAUUCAGAACGGAGGGACACCUGACCUGCCGAGCACAGGGAUCAUUCCUGGACCUGAUUCCGUCGGAUACCCCUACUCCAACCAGUCCAUCAUGAGCGACAACUCCCACCUGAGCAUCGACAUCAUGGACGAGCCCGGCUCCAGCAGCCCGAGCAACGACGAGGCGGCCAUGGCCGUCAUCAUGUCCCUGCUGGAGGCGGACGCCGGCCUGGGCGGCCCCGUGGACUUCAGCGACCUGCCCUGGCCCUUGUGAGGACGCUGCGAGGGGCAAAGAGGGAGAGAGGGUGGAACUCUGGCGGCCAUGUUUUUCCGGCCCGCUGCCCACAACGACACUGCAAAAAAUGUUCAUCUUGACAACAUCUUCUUUUUUUUUCCUCCCACGAAAGAGAAAAAACAUUUCUCUUCACGCAGUUUAGUGCAGAUCGAUCUGGACGUUCAGAUUCGGUCAUUCCCUCGUAGCUGGACCUGUGUUUUUUCUUUCCUCUUUCUCCGGAGCGGACGAUGGAUUAUUAUAUAUUAUUAUUUUGGAAUCCUGCUCCGGAGGAGGAAGUGUUGAGAUGAUCAUGGAUCUGCGGUGUCGGUUGUCUGCAGACGAGGGAGGGUCCUCUAACUUUGCCACGGCGACGGAACAUUACUGUAAAACAACGAAGAACAGUCAAAAAGAUGGAGCCUGUAGUCGAGGGUCGGCGGUGCUAACGUGACGGACUCCGGGUCAGGAGCCGACCCUGAACCCACCACGGUGACUCCUCCUCCUCCUGAGACGUUCACGGACACGAGCUGGAGUUUGGUCUGUAACGUAGGACGGCGUUGUGGCCGUUCCCCACAAAAUGGCUUCUUCAACCAACCGAUCUCCAACAUGGGAAAUCGAACAGUCGGCACUGACACUUCUGGAUAAGAGGUUUUAUUCCCACGGUGACACGAGCAGGUGUAUUUCAGUUCAGUUAGAAAGUGGAGAGAAAUAAAAAACCACUUAGCUGCUGGUUCCUGAACUUCACAACUUUUUCUCCAACAACAACUUCAAAAGAUUAUUUUCCAGAGGAGCAGAUUCUGUUUUUUAUUCCAAAGUCUAAAAACACAGUUUUACCUAAAAGUAUUUCUGUGAUGAUGAAUUUUAAAACUGUCCAGAAUAUGAUUCAAUAACAGGUCAAAGGUGACGAGCUGUGUCUCACUUCAACACUACAAACUUGUUCCCAUCAACCAAGUCAAAUCACACAAAUCUGAAGUAUGAAUAUAAAGUUGAAUUCAUAUUUUUAAGCCUGAAGUUUUGUUUCAUAUACUGAAAAAAGUAUAGUGUAGUGUGAAGAAAAUAACUUUUUACUGUGUACAAUUUUGAUUUUACAAUUUCGAUCCACAAGAUCCAGACGUUUAUUUAGAUCUUCAACAAAUCUCACAAUCUUAGAUAAUCAGUCCCCGGAACAAUGGAAUAAUAAUGAAUCUGUUCAUAAAGAUCCAUGAAUAGCAACAAUUGCAGAAUUGUGAAAAAACGAAACAAAAACAAUCUCACAAUGUUAAAGAAAGUUUGUGGCUCCGCCUCUUUCUCCGGAUCCAGGCCCAAAGGUAACGGACUCCUUCUCCGCCCUCGUUCCAUCCGCCGCCAGGUUUUCGUAGUUGUUUUACGAAAGGAGAAAGCGCGGUGAAGUCGACCAGCAGGGGGCAGCAGCAGCCGCUCGGUGUGUUUUCACGACUGUUACACGUCUCGCUUGGUUCUUCCCUCCGCCGACGUUUCUUCCCCCGCCGCCGUUUUACUGACACGCAGCUUCUGACGUGAGCACGCGACCGUCUGACUCGGGAUCAGUUUCCAGAGAUAGUUUCUUUGUCUUUGCCUUUUGUGAAACGAAUAUUUAAGAAACGGCCUCACUGUUGUUAAAAUGUCGGGUUUUGAAUUUCGCCCCAGACGAAGAAAAAUCACCCCGAGUCUUCGGACUCGUUUCAUUCUGCUGCAACGACGACGACGUCGCGUGGAUUUAAUAAACAGAAUCCUGCACUUCAUCUUCAAUCUGGUCCGCACUUAUUAAUACGCAGAUGCUCUGUGGCUGUUCUUACUGUAACGUCCUCCCUCGGUCAGCAGAGGGGGCUGUGAUGUCGACGGGGGGAAGUUCUGGAAACGGAUAAAUGUCCGAGUGAUCCCAGCGUCUCUACGGAAUUCUUCAUUUCAGUGUUAAUGUUUUCCCCCGGACACGAACUCCUCGCGUCGUCACGGUUCGAUCAGAGCCCGGGUGGAACAACAUUUUUAUGUUUGGAAUAUAACGUUUUUGGGGCUCAAUUUAUUGCGAGCAAUGCCAGUAACUCUAGAAACUAGAUCUUCCUUCAGUAGAGCUCACGCGUCCUGUAAUCGAGCUGCACCAAAUCCUACAAGACCCACACUGAAUAUAGAAAAUAAAAAUGUCUGCCAUACGUUUGAAUUGUUAACAUCGUUUGAUAGAUGAUGAAUGUAACUCCUCGCUCAUUUUCUUUCAUCUUCUCUGUAAAAAAUAAUAAUACAGAAAAUGAAACAAAGACGUUUAAGUUCAGUCGUUUCUCAAUCGGCUUCUAAAUACGUCUGAUAGAUUUUUUUUAAAAUUUUCCCUUUUGAAUUUGAACACGUUCAGUCGUUUUUUAACUGAUCUUCUGAUCCGGUUUGAACCGGACGAGGUCCCGCCCACAAUCGGACGAGGCCCCGCCCACAAUCCGCCGAUGUCACGAUCAAAACCGAUCGAUUAAUUCUGACUGUCGUAUUAUUAGUCAUCAAUAUUUAAUUAAGGAAUUUUAUUAAAGCGACAGUGGAUCAGAUCUGUCGAUCAACUUCUGGUUUUGUUAAAUCAUCUUUCGAACUGUAGAUAACGAGUCAACCACACGUUCACCUGCUCCCUCACAACAUCGUCCUCCUUCCUCGACGACUUCACGGUUUGACUCCGGACCAGUUUCCCUCCGUCGCCUCUAGAGACGGAACGACACGGAGUCUUGGGGGCUGGUUCCCAUAUUAGGGAGUAAAAAUGUUUUCCAAUUUGUAUCAACAGGUUUUUGUUACUUCAUCGUUCUAGAGUCCGACACAGUUUUUCGUCCACGUUCAGACCGAGACUCUGACGUCCGGGGUCGGCGUGACCGCUCGGUUGGUUUGGCGCCAGGCCUGUUAACAUUAAGCCCCGCCUCCUCUUCCUCCUCCUCCUCUUCCUCCCGCCUCGACAGCAGCCGGUGACAUCACUUCCCCCUCUGUAUCUGUUCUAGUGGUUUUUUGUUUCAAUGUUUUUACGCGACACACUACAACAAAGUGUUUCCCCUGUUGAUAUCACCUCCUCCUCCUCCCCCCCUCCCCCUCCCGACAAUAAUGUAUCAAAUCUUUAAAUAUGAUCAUGCUAAGAGUAUACUUUAUGCAAAUAUAUAUGAGUAUGAUGAGUGUAUUGUAUGUAUCAGCAGUGAAAUAUUUUUAAAAUAAAACCGUUUCUGUCAUUGUGGACUGAGACGUUUGUCGUU